UGAAAUUUCAUCUAGAACUAUUGAAAUUAAUGACUCUUUACACCAUUGUCAACAGAAAGUCAAAUUUGAGAGCAUCUGUAAUUUCUGAGGGAAAAACUGUGUAGUCUGUCUGUGUUUUUCCCAGAAUGGUACUGUAUAUGAUUAUGCCAUAUGUGUUUAUUUGUAGAGACCGCUAACAUCUGAACAUACAAAACCCAACAGACAAACUCUGGCACCAUUGCUCCCCCAGCAUUCUACUCUAGAGGAAUGCCACUGCACAUGGAUUCCAAGCAGGUUAAAAAGAAAAGUAGUUGAUUAGAUCUCAGAGCACCAGUGAACGGGAUGACGGCCACGGCUGCAGUGGAGACACCAAAAAUGGAGAAGAGUGCUUCCAAGGAAGAGAAGCACCAGCCAAAGCAGAAGGGCGGCACAGACCGAGACAAUGCUGAUCCUGAGGAAUGGGUGACCUCUGAGAGUGACCCUGAAUCGAUGAGCUUUAAGAGUGGCCACAACAGCACCCAAUCUGCAGAUAUUCAGUUGAAGAAGAAAGAGAUGCCCUCCAAGCCACAUCGCCCGCUCUGUCGGUCACCCUGCCUGGACCGGCCAAGCUUCUCCCAGAGCAGCAUUUUACAGGAUGGGAAGCUAGACUUGGAGAAAGAAUACCAAGCCAAGAUGGAUUUCGCUCUAAAGUUGGGCUAUGCAGAAGAACAAAUUCAAUCAGUGCUUAAUAAACUAGGCCCAGAAUCCCUUAUUAAUGAUGUAUUAGCAGAGCUUGUGAGACUUGGAAACAAAGGUGAUUCCGAAGCACAAGUCAACUUGAGUCUGUUAUUGCCCCGAGGAGCUAGCUCCAGAGAGAUUGCGAGCCCUGAAUUGUCUCUUGAAGAUGAAAUAGACAAUAGUGAUAAUUUAAGACCAGUUGUUAUAGAUGGAAGUAAUGUGGCAAUGAGCCAUGGGAAUAAAGAAGAAUUCUCCUGCAGAGGAAUACAGCUCGCGGUGGAUUGGUUUCUAGACAAAGGCCAUAAAGACAUCACUGUAUUUGUACCAGCAUGGAGAAAGGAGCAAUCCCGCCCUGAUGCGCCGAUUACAGAUCAAGAUAUUCUACGUAAACUGGAGAAGGAAAAGAUUCUCGUCUUCACGCCAUCCCGAAGAGUCCAAGGCCGAAGGGUGGUCUGCUAUGAUGAUCGGUUCAUAGUCAAAUUGGCUUUUGAUUCUGAUGGCAUCAUUGUGUCCAAUGAUAACUACCGAGACCUUCAAGUUGAAAAGCCAGAAUGGAAGAAGUUUAUAGAGGAACGGUUGCUGAUGUAUUCUUUUGUGAAUGAUAAGUUUAUGCCACCAGAUGAUCCUCUUGGACGCCAUGGUCCAAGCCUUGAGAAUUUCUUAAGAAAGAGACCUGUGGUUCCUGAGCAUAAAAAGCAACCGUGUCCUUAUGGCAAAAAAUGUACCUACGGCCACAAGUGCAAAUACUAUCAUCCGGAGCGGGCCAACCAACCCCAGCGUUCGGUGGCUGAUGAGCUCCGCAUCAGUGCCAAACUGUCCACAGUGAAAAUAAUGAGUGAAGACACCCUGGCCAAAUGUGGCACAGUGUCUACUGCCAAAGGUGAGAUAACCUCAGAGAUCAAACGUGUGGCCUCCAAGCGCCAAUCAGAUCCCAGCAUCCGGUCUGUGGCUGUAGAGCCUGAGGAGUGGCUGUCCAUUGCCCGUAAACCGGAGGCCAGUUCUGUCCCUUCACUUGUGACCGCUUUAAGUGUCCCUACAAUCCCUCCCCCCAAAAGCCAUGCAGUGGGUGCACUCAACACCCGUUCAGCCAGCAGCCCAGUGCCAGGGUCCUCCCAUUUUCCCCAUCAAAAGGCCUCUUUGGAACACAUGGUCAGCAUGCAAUAUCCACCUAUCCUGGUUACCAACAGCCAUGGCACCCCUAUUAACUACAAUGAGCAAUACCCAAAGUUUGAGACCAUGGGGGACCAUGACUACUAUUCAGUGUUAAGCGACUUCUCCAAGCUGAGCAUCAACAACAUGCAUAAUCAUGAAUAUUAUAUGGCUGAGGCAAACCAAGGGGUAUAUGUUCGGAAUCCUGGCCUAUGUACCGACAGUCACAUGAGCCAUACCAGGAAUGACAACUAUUCCUCUUACAACAACUUGUACUUGGCUGUAGCUGAUACCCAUCCUGAAGGCACUUUGAAGCUGCACCGCGCAGCAUCCCAUAACCAUCUUCAGCCUUUCUCCCAUGGUUACCAUGAAGCCUUAGCGAGAGUUCAAAGUUAUGGUUCAGAAGAUUCCAAGCAAGCACCUCACAAGCAGUCAGUCCCUCACUUAGCUCUGCAUACCCAGAAUCCAGCAACUGGAGCACACUCUAGCUGUCCUGGAGACUACACCAUGCCUCCCAAUAUCCAUCCCGUGGGACCCUCCCAGCCAGGCCGUGCUCUGGUGAUGACUCGGAUGGACAGCAUUUCUGACUCCCGCCUCUAUGACAGCAACCCCAUGAGGCAAAGGCGGCCUCCUCUGUGCAGGGAACAGCAUGCUAGCUGGGACCCAUUGCCUUGUACAGCCGACUCCUACGGAUACCACUCCUACCCCUUAGGUAACAGCCUCAUGCAACCAUGUUAUGAACCAGUCAUGGUAAGGAGCAUGCCUGAAAAAAUGGAGCAGCUUUGGAGGAAUCCUUGGGUUGGAAUGUGCAAUGAUUCUAGGGAGCAUAUGAUACCAGAGCAUCAAUAUCAGACGUACAAGAACCUCUGCAACAUCUUCCCUUCUAACAUUGUUCUCGCAGUGAUGGAGAAGAAUCCCCACACAGCAGAUGCUCAACAACUGGCAGCCUUGAUUGUUGCCAAGCUUAGGGCUGCACGUUGACAUGACAUAGGACUUAUUCCUUUACAUAAAUAUGAAUACUAUUAAUACAUUGAGACUAUAAUUCUAGUAAGUAAUAAUUUGUGUUGUGCUUUUCAAAUUAGAGUACUUCUAUCUUUUAAGUACAUAACAACUCUGUGAGGUAGAUCUCAGUAACAUUCGAUUUUAUAGAAAAGGAAACAACGCGUGAUGCUUGCAAAUGACAGCAAGACACACACCUAGGUUCUCUGGCCCAAUGUCCCAUGCCCUUUCCCAUCAAAGUGUGGAGAUAAUGGGGGACAAAACCCAGGAGGCCUACGUGCACAAGAAACCCCAAGGGAACUCAUUACUAUACCUUUCUUUCAAUUUUCUUUUUUUAAUUUUUUGAGACAGUUUUUGAGACCUUGUAACCCUGGUUUCCUGAAACUUGCUAUGUCGAUCAGGCUGACCUGAACUCAGAGAGCCACUAUCCUCUGCCUACAGAAUCCUGGGAUUGAAGGUGUAUGCCACCACACCUGUGAUUUUUCUGUCACACAUUCCCUAUUAUAAAGUGUGGAUCAUCUGUCCAAUUUAGAAAGCAAAUACCUGAGGAUCAGAUUGCAUUGUGAAUUAACCUUUAAGGUUCUUUUAUAGACAUAUUUAAAAUCAAAAGUAAAAAGAUUUUAUUGCAUGGAUAUCUGAUCAUUCAAUAUCUUUAACCAAGUAUAGGGUCAUAUUGAGGCUUCUAGAGAAAUAAUUGAACCUUCCUCUUAGCAAUUCUACUGCAUGUAUGAAUUUAUGUAUUUGGUUUCAGAUGUGUUUAUAUCUCCGGUAUCAACUUUUCUAUAGUGAUAAUGAGAUGGUAAGUUCUAUACAGACUAUAGUUUACAUCUGUAUAGAUCACAAAUACAACUUGAUUUUGUCACAUUUUAUAGUUUCAAUUAGAGUCGAAAGUGAAAUCACAUGGCAACAUUUACAUUUUGCUUUCUAAAGGCCCAGAGUAAAGCAGCUGUAUUUCUUCUACAUCUUUCACUUGACCACAUUUAUUAACCACUCUUAGCUUUCAGAAAGUCUCUUCACUUUAGCAAAUUAGGGGUCAGGCUGAAGCCUUCUAUAGAGGAACUCAUCUAUAAGCUCAUGUUCAACGCUUAGUAUGUAUAUGAUACACAAGUGCUGAAGAGCUGGACCAGGACCAAGGGACUCACUAGCAGAAUCUACUUCCCUUAUCCCAGGAGGGAUAGCACUAA